AUGACAAUGACAUUUACCAAUGACAAGAGUUCUGUCACACUUAGAGGCUUGAGUUCCAGCAAGACUGAGUUUGUUGAAGAUGUUCAGAUUUGCCAACUAACUAUUAUGGAAAGGAAGGGCAUGCUACUUCAGAUUGUUGCCAAGGAGACAAACCAAGAGGUGGGCACAUAUGCUGCUGAUAUUGAGGCAGUAUUGGCUAAAUAUGACAAUGUCUUUGCUGAACCAAAGGGCUUGCCUCCAAGAAGAACUAAAGAUCACCAGAUUACUCUCAAGGAGGGAACCAUGCCAAUAUCUACUCGACCUUACAGAAAAUUUGUCAAAGGGUAUGGCUCCAUUGCAGCCCCAUUGACUAAUUUGUUGAAGAAAGAUGCAUUUAAUUGGAGAGAGGAAGCUACUAAAGCCUUAGCAGAUCUGAAAAAGGCUGUAACAAACCCACCUGUAUUGGCUUUGCCAGAUUUCUCCAAGCCAUUCUUGUUGGAAUGUGAUGCUUCUGGUAAAAGGAUUGGUGUUGUCUUAAGUCAAGAAGGGAGGCCUUUAGCAUUAUUGAGUCAAGCCUUGAAGGGAAAAGCACUAGACCUCUCUACAUAUGAAAAUGAAUUCCUUGCAAUUGUAUUGGAUGUGAAGAAAUUGAGGCCAUACCUAUUGGGAGCUGAGUUUCAUGGCAAGGACAAUGUGGCAGCAGAUAGUCUUUCGAGAAGAGAGGAAGUGGAGGAAGGAGUUGCUGAAAUGUUGGCUAUCACAGUCCUUGAUCCCCUAUGGUUAGAACAGUUGAGACAUUCUUACUUGAAUGAUGAAGAAAUUUCAGCUAUUUGUAAAAAGCUCCAAGAAGGCAAGCUUUCUGAUAAAAAGUUUGAAGUCAGAAAUAGGUUGUUAUUCAAGAAAGGCAGGCUGUUUUUGUCAUCCUCAUCCCCUAUGAAGGAUCAAGUACUGUAG